AUGCAUGGCAAAGUCCAGUCACCCUGUUACCCGCAACCCUACCCGCCCAAUAUAACGAAGCAGUGGAACCUGAGGGUGCCAGAAGGUUAUCAACUACGUCUCACCUUCACCCACCUGGACAUUGUUGCGUCUGCACGCUGCUGCUACGACAGCAUUACAGUAUUUUAUGGCAAAAGGAUCCUCGGGAAGUUUUGUGGCCAUGAGAACUCUACAACUAUCUUGUCUCCGGGAAAUAGACUCACCCUCGUGUUCCAAGCAGGAAGCAGCAACAACAAAGGACAGAACGUGGGCUUCUCGGCUUACUACCAGGCUAUGGAUGGAUGUGAAAUAUUACAAGAGAGUUCAAAAGCUGUGCGUUCAAUUCCUUUCUCAAGCUUUCCUUGUAGUGUUCAUCUCCUUUGUCCAUUGCAAGUAUCCUGCGGCAGGGAUAUAUUUCACGAAGCAGAAGGGCACCUGUCCAGCCCAGGAUACCCCAACUCACCCCCUCACACCGUAUCCUGUCAGUACGUAAUCUCUGUGAAACCUGGCUUCGCAAUCUCUCUCAACUUCAACGACAACUUCCACAUUGAGAGCACAUCAAUAGCACAGGACGUAGUCUGUCAUCAUGACUGGCUUCAGGUGACCAUCUCAGGCAGUGAUCCCUUCAGGGUGUGUGGUAUGAGGAGCCCAGCAAUGAUAGGUACAAUGUCCAACAGGGUCACUCUGGACUACCACUCGGAUGGCAAAGCCCCAAAUACCAGCUGGAGUUUGGACUACAGGACACACAGAGUCAGGUGUCAGCAUCCUGGAAGGGUUACCAAUGGUAUAGUCCCACAUAUAUGGACAGACUUCUUCUAUGGCGAUUACAUCAUUGUGCAAUGUGACCAAGGACACAAGCUGAUGAUGGAUGGUCAAGAGUUGCAGAGUUUCUCAACAAGGUGCCAACAGAAUGGAAUGUGGGAUCGCCGCCUGCCAGAAUGCCAACAAGUAGUAACAUGUGAAAAACCGGAAACAUUGCAGAAUGGAUGGAUGAAGUACUUAUCUGGUUCUCACAAUGAGUACCAGUCUGUCAUCCAAUAUGGCUGUAAUUCACCAUUUUAUACUCUCCAAGUUGACAAUAAUGUUACAUUCACGUGCCAAGUGGACGGACAGUGGAAGUCAAAUAUGGGAAAUAUUGUCACCCCUAUAUGCACAUCAGGUAAUGUUGGAUUGGCUCCUGAAGGCUCCAUUCCGUGGCAAGUGCACAUCUCUUCACAUGGAUCGAGAGCAGGUGCAGUGGUGAUUAGUGACCGCUGGCUCAUGACUGCAGCACACUGGCUGAUCCAUUUUGAAGAAGAAGAUCUGAAGCUGCAGAUAUUUAUUGGACAUACGGACAUAUACUCAAUGCUGGGCUCACCUUUAUCGGCUGCUUCAUUCCACAUCCACCCUGGUUUUGACACAAGUGACAGGUUCAACUUCAACAAUGACAUCGCCUUGAUCAAACUGAACGACGCACUUACUUUCAAUGGAUCUGUAAUGCCGUUGUGCUUACCAACAGAUGAGGCCCUAUACAACAGCGGCAAUUUGGGAGUGACUUCAGGCUUUGGCAUGAUCAUGAGUGACAGUAAGUUUAGGAUUUCAAAUGAGCUAGUGUACACGCACAUCCCCGUGGUUGGCCAGGACACGUGUCAAGAUUCAUUCAAAGAGAUCUUCACACGGAAACGCUCGGACCUCUUCCCAUCACUGACCAACAACAUGUUUUGUGCUGGACACCCUAACCGUGGGAAUGACUUGUGCCAUGCUUUCAGUGGUGGACCCUUCGCCGUGCAAUACAACGGCUCCUACUGGGCUGCAGGCAUUAUCAGCUGGGGGGUUGGCUGCGGUGUGUCGGGGAGCUAUGACGUACAUACCAAAGUUAUCAACUAUAUGGACUGGGUCAGAAGAACAAUGCAGGAAAACUGA